AUGUGGUGCCUGGAGCGGCUCCGCUUGGGACCCGAGCACCUCCUGCGGGGCAGAAACCGGCUUUUCCAGGAUCAGGCCGGCCGAGCCACUGCUCUCAGGCCCUCCCGGUGCGCAAACGUGCUCACCCCGGACCGCAUCCCCGAGUUCUGCAUCCCCCCGCGACUCGCGCCCUGCCCGACCCUGGCUGCAAUCCAAGACAACAGGGGCGAAAAAGCAGGGACAGGCGACAGCGCGGGGCGCACGGACUGGGACCCACGAUCGCAGGCUGCGCUCUCGCUGCCUCACCUGCCCCGGGCACGUACAGCCUGUGGCUUCUGCGCGCUGCUCGAGAGCCCGCACACCCGCCGCCGGGAGUCGCUCUUCCUCCGGGGCCCGGGGGCCGCCCCGCUCCUGCCCGUGCUCCGCCCCCGGGCGCGCACCUUCGGAGGCGGCGUCGGAGACGCCCCCCUCGUGCCCCCGGGAAGAGUCCCUGCUGUGCCCCCGGCGGCCCUCGGCGGCUCCCGCCCGCACCUGGACACGCUCACUCUCCGACCCCGCGGCAGCCGCCUCCUGCGCGCUCCCGAGGGGCUGCUGCGCUGCGCGCAGAGGAGCAGCGGCCUGGCCAGUGCCCGCUCCGUCGCCAGCGGGGACGGGGACGACGACGACGACGAGCGCGGCGCCGGCUCCCUGUCCCCGGCUCAGCCCCCCGCCACGUCCCCUCCGCCGCCCCCCGACCCGCGGCCCGAGCGCCUGGAGGCCGAGGGCACCGUGACUCUGGACCGCGCCGGCGGCGCCCUGCGCCUGGGCGCCGAGUACAGUCGGCACAGCGGGCGCCUCCGCGUCCGGCUGCUCCACGCCGAGGGCCCGGCCGGUGGGGCCGCCGAUCCCCGCGCCCCCGUCGGCUGCCACGUCAGCUUCGUCCUGCAGCCGCCGGGCCAGACGCGCCGGCUGCGGGGCGCCGUGUUCCGGCGGAGACGCCGGGCGGUCUUGGAGCAGGACUUGUGCUUGGACGGGCUCUCGGAAGACGAGGUGCGCCGCCUGGCCGUGCGCGUCAAGGCCGAGAACCGGGGCCGCGGGCUGGAGCGGGGUCGCCUGCUGGGCCCCGUCCAGCUCCUUGUGGGCUAGUUACUCUUAUUGUACCUGGGGUAG